AUGCUGCGUAGCUGUUAGAGUCGUAGAACCUUCCAGACGGUCACAUUGGUCCUGGAAUAGAUGGAAUUAACUAGCCGUGCCAAGUUUCAGUGGCUGCAUUUCGUCGCUAAGCUUUGGAAUUGGAAAGUUUUGCUAUAUGUCUUCAGUUGACUAUCCCUCAUCAUCACGGUUUGAUCCUGCCUCCACAUCGCAGUAUCAGGUUCUCCUGCGUGAUGGCGUGGCAAUCGCUAUUUGGAUAAUUCGGCGGCAAUUACUCGCCUGCUGUUAUGGGACAAUACUUAUGCGCUGUAGUGGAGCCGUCAAGGAUAAUUUUAACAGGUGGAGUUAUGUUGCCCAUGGAUUGUCUGGAGUUCCCAGUAUGCAGGUUUCUCUGUUUACACGGCAAUGAAAUGUUUAAUGUCCGAUUGAAUAUAUAUUUGGAUUUUGAGGAGGAGUGCUGUCUCACGUCCGUGGACAACCGAUCGGGAAAAGCAGUAAACUCCUCAAUGGUGUGGGUCAGCGGGGCAUAGUAGCGGUAGAAAUGGAUUCGAGCUACCCGGACACGAACGAAACCACACACCUGUUACGUUUUUUCCGGAAUUUUUCAAAAUAAUGAGAAAUAAUUAGAUGGUUGAUUGAGUAGACAUUUAUUUUCCAUUGAUUUCGGUAAAGGAAUUAAUAGAUUUUCAUAUUUCUUUUUCGUCAAGUAAUCAUC